AUGGUUCUCGCCGCUCGGUGCGGGCAGGCUACGUCCUCCCUUUUGCGUCAGAGAUGCCUCGCUGAAUCCCGUCGGUCUGCGCUAGCUCUGCGCUCUUUCACUUCUCAGACCAACACUGCUCGUUCCACAGCGUCGGCACUCCGAUUGCAACAAAAGACCCCUUCUCCAUGGCGGCCGCAGCAGCUGCGCAGUUUCUCCAGCGCUCUCUGCCGCUUGGCCGCGGAGUCAUCCACCGGCGACAGCCUGUUUUCCAGUGGGAUCAUCCGGCCUGGCGCUAACCUGGUCGAUGUCAAGAAGGUGCUUGUUAUCGGUAGUGGUGGUUUGAGUAUUGGACAGGCUGGAGAGUUUGAUUACUCUGGUUCUCAAGCCCUCAAAGCUCUCAAGGAAGCCGGUGUCCAAUCGGUGCUGAUCAACCCCAACAUUGCGACUAUCCAGACCGACCACAAGCUCGCCGACGAAGUUUAUUAUCUCCCCGUCACUCCCGAAUACGUCACAUACGUUAUCGAGAGGGAGCGCCCUGAUGGUAUUUUCCUUUCCUUCGGUGGCCAGACCGCCCUCAACCUCGGUGUGCAGAUGAACCGCAUGGGUACUUUUGAGCGUUAUGGUGUGCGCGUCCUCGGAACCAGCAUCAAGACUUUGGAGACCAGCGAGGACCGUGACCUUUUCUCCAAGGCCCUGAAUGAGAUCAACAUCCCUAUUGCUGAGUCUAUCGCCGUCGGCACCGUCGACGAAGCCUUGAAGGCUGCUGGUGAAGUCGGCUAUCCCAUCAUUGUUCGUUCCGCCUACGCCCUGGGUGGCCUCGGUUCUGGUUUCGCGAACAACCCCGAGGAGCUAAAGAACUUGGCCUCUCGUUCUUUGACACUAUCGCCCCAGAUCUUGGUCGAGAAAUCUCUCCGCGGCUGGAAGGAGGUCGAGUACGAAGUCGUCCGUGACGCCUCCAACAACUGCAUCACAGUUUGCAACAUGGAGAACUUCGAUCCCCUGGGUAUCCACACUGGUGACAGUAUCGUCGUCGCCCCCAGUCAGACCCUUUCCGAUGAGGAGUAUCACAUGCUCCGUACCGCCGCUAUUAAGAUUGUCCGUCACCUUGGUGUCGUUGGUGAAUGUAACGUGCAGUAUGCUCUGCAGCCUGACGGUCUUGAUUACCGCGUUAUUGAGGUCAACGCCCGUCUCUCCCGUUCCUCGGCUCUCGCCUCCAAGGCUACUGGAUACCCUCUCGCCUAUACUGCUGCGAAGAUCGGUCUGGGCCACACUCUUCCCGAGCUCCCCAACGCUGUUACCAAGACAACCACUGCCAACUUCGAACCUAGUUUGGACUACAUCGUCACCAAGAUCCCCCGUUGGGAUCUGAGCAAAUUCCAGCAUGUGAACCGUGAUAUCGGUAGUGCGAUGAAGUCCGUGGGUGAGGUCAUGGCUAUUGGCCGUACCUUUGAGGAAUCUUUCCAGAAGGCUAUUCGCCAGGUGGAUCCCCGCUAUGUUGGAUUCCAGGGUGACGAGUUUGAGAACCUCGAUGAAGUUCUGAAGAACCCCACCGACCGCCGCUGGUUGGCCGUCGGCCAGGCUAUGCUCCACGAGAACUACUCUGUUGACAAGGUUCAUGAGUUGACCAAGAUUGACAAGUGGUUCCUUUACAAGCUCCAAAACAUUGUUGACAACCAGCACGAGCUCACGGAGAUCGGCAGCCUCUUUGGAGUCAACAAGGAGCUGAUGCUCAAGUCAAAGAAGCUCGGGUUCUCUGACAAGCAGAUUGCUUCCCUUGUCGGCUCCUCCGAGGAUGAUGUCCGCGCCCGCAGGAAGGGAUUCGGCAUCAGACCCUGGGUCAAGAAGAUCGAUACUCUGGCUGCGGAGUUCCCUGCUGACACCAACUACCUCUACACCACGUACAACGCUACUUCCCAUGAUGUCACCUUCGAUGACCAUGGCACCAUCAUUCUUGGAAGUGGUGUCUACCGUAUCGGUAGCUCAGUCGAGUUCGACUGGUGCGCAGUUAACGCCACCCUCUCAUUGAGAAACAUGGGCAAGAAGACAGUCAUGAUUAACUACAACCCUGAGACCUACUCUACUGACUUCGAUACUGCCGACAAGCUUUACUUCGAAGAACUCAGCUAUGAGCGAGUUAUGGAUAUCUAUGAACUUGAAACCGCCAGCGGUGUGGUUGUCUCCGUCGGCGGCCAGCUUCCUCAGAACAUUGCUCUCCGCCUACAAGAGACUGGCGGUGCCCACGUUCUUGGUACUAACCCCAAGGACAUCGACAACGCCGAGGAUCGUCACAAGUUCUCUCAGAUCUUGGAUAGCAUUGGUGUUGACCAGCCUGCCUGGAAGGAGCUGACCUCCGUUUCUGAAGCUGAGCGUUUCGCCGAAACUGUUAGCUACCCCGUUCUUGUCCGCCCCAGUUACGUCCUCUCCGGUGCCGCCAUGAGCGUUAUCCACAGCCAGGAGGAGCUGAAGGAGAAACUCCUCAACGCUAGCGCUGUCUCUCCCGACCACCCUGUCGUCAUCACCAAGUUCAUUGAGGGUGCCGAGGAAAUUGAUGUUGACGCUGUUGCCUCUAAUGGAAAGCUCCUUCUCCACGCUAUCAGUGAGCACGUUGAGCCUGCUGGUGUGCACUCUGGUGACGCCACCCUUGUCCUCCCCCCUGCCUCCCUUGAGAAGCCUAUCAUGGGCCGUGUCAAGGAGAUUGCUGAGAAGGUUGCCAAGGCCUGGAACAUCACCGGUCCCUUCAACAUGCAGAUCAUCAAGGCCGACCAGGAAGGUGCUGAGCCUCAGCUGAAGGUCAUUGAGUGCAACCUCCGCGCUUCUCGCUCUUUCCCCUUCGUCAGCAAGGUUCUCGGAACUAACUUCAUCGAUGUUGCCACCAAGGCUCUCGUUGGCCGUGAUGUUCCUGAGCCUGUUGACCUCAUGGAGGUCAAGCGUGACUAUCUCGCAACCAAGGUUCCCCAGUUCUCCUGGACCCGCCUUGCUGGUGCUGAUCCGUUCCUCGGUGUUGAGAUGUCCAGUACCGGUGAAAUUGCUUGUUUCGGUAAGGACGUUGUUGAGGCGUACUGGGCUUCAUUGCAGUCCACCAUGAACUUCCGUGUGCCUGAGCCUGGUGAGGGUAUCCUGCUGGGUGGUGAUAUCAACAACCCUGCUCUGGCCCAGAUUGUCGACUACCUCCAGCCUCUGGGCUUCAAGUUCUUCGCUGCCAGCCCUGAAGUCAAGACUCACAUCGAGUCCGCUACCCAGGACAGCGCCUCCGUCCAGGUGAUUGAGUUCCCCAAGAAGGACAAGCGUGCCCUUCGUGAAGUCUUCCAGAAGUAUGAUAUCCGUGGCUGCUUCAACCUGGCCAAGACCCGUGGCAAGACUCUCCUCGACGAGGACUAUGUUAUGAGACGAAAUGCAGUUGACUUCGGUGUCCCUCUUUUCAUGGAAACCAAGACUGCUCAACUUUUCGCCCAAGCCAUGAACCAGAAGCUUCCCCGUGCCGAUGGCAUCCCCAGUGAAGUCCGGACCUGGUCCAACUUUGUCGGCGGCAAGCUUCUGUAA